AUGGCAACCCCCACGAUUGAAUCUACCAAAUUCCACCCGGCUCUUGUUGUUUCUAAUAUCAAGAACCAUAUCUCCAUCACUCUUGAGAUCGAAAAAGUCCAAUAUGCGACAUGGGCAGAACUGUUCAAGAUUCAUGCCCGGUCUCACAAGGUCCUCCACCACAUCAUCCCGCCGGCGACAGGCAAAUCGAAGGACCCUAAAACAGAUGAUGAAAAGGAAUUGUGGUCAACCCUUGAUGCUGCGGUCCUCCAAUGGAUCUAUUCAACAAUUUCGCACGAUCUGCUGCAUACUAUCAUUGAACCAGACGCCACCGCGAUGGAGGUGUGGAAUAAGUUACGUGAUAUAUUCGAAGACAACAAAAAUUCUAGGGCUGUAACACUUGAGCAGGAAUUCUCCUCUACCAACAUGGAGGAUUUCCCAAACGUUUCUGCCUACUGUCAACGACUCAAGGAGUUGUUAUAUCAACUCAAAAAUGUCGGUGCACCGGUCUCAAACAACCGUCUUGUCCUUCAAAUUGUGGCUGGCCUCUCUCAAGCGUACAAUGGAGUAGCCACACUCAUCCGCCAAAGUGAUAUCCUUCCACAAUUCUAUCAAGCUUGCUCAAUGCUCACUCUAGAAGAAGCCGAUCUCAUGAAGAAGGUUGCAACCAGCGGGGGUGCAGCCAUGAUGGCUCGUGAAACUAGUGACAAUCCCUCCCUCUCUAAAAAUUACCAACAAAACUGUAAUAAUCAUGGCGGUAAACAUGGUCAGAAUCGUCAAAAUAGUGGCAAGAAAAAUGGUGGCCGCGGAAGUGGCAAGAACAGCCGCGGUAGUGGUCGUGGUGGCAACCGCAACGGUGGUGGGCAGCAGCAAUACGGUCAAUAG